AUGAGAACUAUUCCAAGGGCCUCAAACCAGACGAGUGGGCGACGGAUCCUCUCUACCCUUUUAGCGAGUGAGUGGAUCACAAUCGCUGACUUGACUCCCCUCGCGCCGCCGGCCAUCCGACCGCCUUGGAAACACGCCAGCACUCUAGCGGGCGGCGCGCGGCGGCGGGCGUCGGCAGUGAAGUUGAGUGCGGCGGGCCACCGCUUUAUAGCAAAUUGGAGUCAUAGCGGGUUGACACCGAGACGGUAUGGCACUGUCCCAUGUGACGGGAUACAACAAGACCCAACGGGCUAUGUCGAGCAGCAACGAGAUGAGGCCAUCGGACAGUUAGAUGACAAGGCUGAAGACGUCAUCACAGCCGCGCGGCGCAGGCUCCACCACGAACUGGGCAUCCCCUUAGAUCAUAUGGACCCCGAGUUGUUCACUUUCAUGACCCGCGUGCACUACCACGACCCCGGCGACGGCGUGUUCGGCGAGCACGAGAUCGACCACGUCCUCUUCUUCCAGGGCGACGUCAAGGUCAAACCGAACUCCAACGAAAUCUCCGAGUACUGCUUCGUGCCUAAAUCUGAAUUUAACGCGUACCUCCCGACCCUGGAGGGGCCCAUCACGCCGUGGUUCAACAUGAUCCGUCGCCAUCGACUGAAGCUCUGGUGGGACAACCUGCACCGGCUGAAGGAGCUCGCGGAACCCGACAAGAUACACAAGUUUAUGACUGAAAAUACUAAAUAGGCCUCCCCGCCUUAUCGUAGAUGUAGAACAGUUUUAUUUUAUUAUAACAAGGAGUAUGGAGCGAUUUUAUUCAGGCAACGCUUUGUUCUUUGUCAGAAGAGAGGUAAAAAAAAAUACAGCUUUUGCCUUUAAGAUAGUUUAAGAAAUCGACCUGGGUUCCAACCAUAAGCGGGUUCAUAGUUUAUUUUAGAUAUAACUACCUCUUGCACUUGUAUGCACGGAAAGCUUUUAUUAAUUUAGGUUUUUAUCAAAAUGAAAAUGGCAAAAUCGCUCUUAGUCCUUUGUGUUUAUUUUCAUGAUUUAUUAUAAAGCUGUACAUAUUUAAUUCUAUAAGUAAAUACGGGUGCUUUCACAUUGUUUAAAUCAGAUUAAUUGAAGAGGAAAGCCCUCGUUAGAUUGGAAAACUAUGCUAUGUACAUUUCUAUGAUGAUUACAAUAAAUAUAUUUAUUAUUAUUUCA